AUGGCGCAACCACAGCAACAGCAACCGCCAUACCCUAUGCCUCAGAGGCCUUUCUCCCCCCCGCAACCAGUUAAUUCACCCUCAACUCAAAAUCAACAGUUCGCCUUUCCACCACACAAGCGACAAAGAACGUCCCCUAACCCGCCGCCGUCCCAGCCAGGUUCGCCCUACGUCACAUCACCAUAUGCGAUGAGCCCAGGUGCUUCUGGUCCGGCUUCAGCUUCACCUUCGCCGCAUUUCUCCACAGUACAGCUUCCUCAGACUGCUUAUACCACACCGUAUUCAAAUGGAUUAAAUGCGCAACCAUCUCCUUCGUUAAAUCUUCCGCAAACUCCAGGUGCCCUCCCGCCUCAUGCGCAACCAAGCCCUUUGAGCUUCCCAGGUCAAAUUCAGCAGCAUCAUCAAGGAAACCUACAGGCGGCUCAUUUCAACAAUUUUAAUCUGCAGAUGCCACAACAGCAUCAUCCUGGAGGAAUCAUGGGUCCACCUUCGAGACCGGUUGAUAAGAAUAAGCUUGAUGGUUUGGAUCCGAUGGACGUUCUGGGAGGAACUGGUGUCGAUCUUGCAGAGGAGGAACAAUAUACAUUUCAGCAGUACUCAUCAUCUUUUAAUGCUCAAGUCUCCAGAUCACAUCCUGGUAAUGUUUCGGCAGGUCACAGCUUUACUCAAUUUCCACCUGGACAUGAGCGAUCUUUCUACGGCUCUGGUCCUGCUAAUCAACUCGGAGAAGUCCCUAAUACUAAGUCACAAGAGGAUUUCGAAAAGAAGGCUGCUGAUAAGGCCUGGCAUGAUGCGGCUCGUGAUUUAGCAGUAUCGAGGCAAAGGGAGUUGAAUAAUCCCUUCUUGAUUGUGUCCACCGUUCAUAGAAGAAUGGAGAAGAUCGCACAUGAUAAUGGUCUUGGCUUGAACACCGACUUCAACCAAAAGAUGGGAACCAUGAAACUACCUGAGCACUUUCCAGAACCAAACGUUAAAGUACAAACGGCGGUAGGACCAGAAGGUGCCAUCACUGCAACAACCGGUACCUUCAUUCCAGCCGAUUCUCUACUCGUUGACCAGCUUGCGCUUAUGUCUAUCUCUACCAAGUAUCGGCUUCGUGGAUUAGUGGAAGAUGCUAUCAAACUAUCUAUAGGUCGACAGACUGGUUCUCAUGCUCAAAUUAGGGAUGAAUGGGCAGACGUUGCUGUAGAGUCUCGUAAAGUUUCUACCAUUGUCAAUGAAGGUGGACCACGGAUUGGAUGGGAGAGUGCUGUCAGCCCUCUCACCAACUCUCAAAAACGCCCCCACUCGGCUGCAGGUAGAUUACCCACCCCGGUAUCAGAGAGCGCAAAGACGCCAACGAAAUCCUUUGCGAACGAAGUUGCAGUAGCUCUUCGAAAAGCCGCCGGUAAGGAGCAAGAAGCUGAAGAGGCUAGAAUCCGAAAACGUAAGGCUCGCGAGUCUGGUGAUGGAUCUCGUGCUGGGUCAAUAAAUCCGGGCACGCCAGGCUCUAUUGCGCCAGAUAUUCUUGACAAACCACCUACCAAGAAAGAAAUGAAGAGAAAGGCAGAGGCCAAAACUAGCGAGGCAGCAAGCCACGCAGCAGCCAAUGUGACGACUACACAAUUCUUGGGUGGUAGAAAUGUGUUUGGGAAGAAGAAGCAAUAUAGUUGGAUGACUUCGGCUGGUGGAUCUGGCAGUGGUACAAGCACACCGGGUAGAAUCAUGCCACAAGGCCUUGGUGCUUCUUCUGGUAGCCCAAUUGCGAAUCCUGGACCCGAAAAAUUCACGACAGAUGGUGUGCGAAGGUUAGGAACAUGGCGAGAAGAUGGUGGCAAGGGACGUCAUAUUCAGCUCCGAGACUGGAUCAUGGUUCUCGAGGAUGAUGGCAGGGAGAAAAAGGCAUUACAAAAGGCAUACGCUUUGGUCGAUGGAAUGGAUCCUAAGUGA